AAAGAAAUAAAUGAAAUGGUGGGCACAACCCUGAAAUUGCGCGGCGAUGAGAACGCUUCGGAGAAUUUCCGGCAAGUGCAACUGAAGAAAUUGACGGAGCCUUUGCAGGAGGUGACAACAAAACGCGCUGCUUUGGGAGAUUUGCAAAAUCGCGGUCUAAAUCGCGCCAUUGCUGCAAAAGAUGCGGCACAGAAAGACUCCAAGGAUCUCAAGCUCACAGAUGCCCUGCGCAAUGCGAAGGCUCGAGUGGACACCCACUGGAAGAAACAGGCCCAGGGAACCAUCACAAAUGGCAAUACAGCCGCUCCACCCAAGGCCAACGAGGCGGGUGUGUCGGCCUUUUUGCAAUCGAAUUCGGUGCGCACUCGCGUUCCGGCCAAGACGACUGUAGAACCUGUUAGGAUUAAAGUAAAGGCCAGUUCCAACGAGAAUGCCAACGAGGACAGUUCUCUGUCCAAUAAAUCUCUGACCAAGCUUCGUGCUGCCUUGGCCAAACCCGUGAGGGGGGUGACUGUGGCCCGCAAGGAAAUACUGGAAGCCAAGAAGGAGGUGACAGAAGCCAAGAAGGAAGCGACCAGGAUGCCCCUGAUCAAGGCCACGUUUCCAACCACCAUGUCCCUUUCCAGCAAACGCUUGGCUGGGAUUGAGGACAUCGAUGCCAACGACAAGGAUAACCUGGUUCUGGUCUCCGAAUAUGCGAACGACAUCUACGACUAUUUGUACCAGGUGGAGCUGCAGCAGCCCAUACACAAGGACCACCUCGCCGGGCAGAAGGAGGUGUCCCACAAGAUGCGGGCCGUCCUGAUCGACUGGAUCAACGAGGUCCACCUGCAGUUCCACCUGGCUGCGGAGACCUUCCAGCUGGCGGUGGCCAUCAUCGAUCGCUAUCUGCAAGUGGUUAAGGACACCAAGCGCACCUACUUGCAAUUGGUGGGCGUGACGGCUCUCUUCACUGCCACCAAGUACGAGGAGCUCUUCCCGCCGGCCAUCGGUGAUUUUGUCUUCAUCACCGAUGACACCUACACGACCCGGCAGAUCCGCCAGAUGGAGCUGCGGAUCUUGAAGGCCAUCGACUGCAAUCUGUCGCGUCCGUUGCCGAUUCACUUCUUGAGGCGGUACUCAAAGGCUGCCGGCGCUGAGGACGAGCACCACGCGAUGUCCAAGUACUUUAUUGAGCUGGCUACCGUGGAAUACGACAUGGCCUCCUACAGGCCAUCGGAAAUUGCGGCUGCUUCGCUGUUCCUUUCGCUGCACUUGCUCAAUGGAAACUACCGGGCUGGCACGGGCUUCAACGACCGCCACUGGACGCCCACUCUCACCUACUACUCGCGCUACUCGGCCGCCCACUUGCGUCCCAUUACGCGGCAGAUUGCCAAGCUGGCCCGGGAUGCCCCCCAGGGCAAGCUGAAGGCCAUCUACAGCAAAUACCAGGGCAGCAAGUUCCAGAGGAUUGCGCUCCGAACUGAGCUGACCGGCGCGCUGAUUGACUCGAUCGUGAGCAGCCUGAGGAAGUAG